CUGGUUACAACUAACAUUUUCCUGCUGCUGCAAGGAGAUUGAAUGCUUCAUGGGGACCCUUAAAAAAAAAAAUUCUAACCUCUGACCAGCUGUGAUUGCAGCUAGGACUAGCAAAAGUGCUGGGCGCCAAAGGCUGCAGGCGCUACUUUUUUUCCGUGGCUGAGAAAGGUGACACCCAGGUGAGUGAGAAGAAUGAAGAGACCCUUCAACUAGAAGAUUCUGAGCCCAACGAGAUAUUCCCCAGGAGCAGAUGCCUCUUGGAGCAAUUCUCAUUUGAUUUGAGAGAAGCUUCUAGAAGUCCCCAGACCACAGAUAUGAAAGAGGGGAAGAGACCAGUUCUUCCCAUUCCAGAAGCUCACCAGCAAUUGAAAGAGCCCAGACUUUACAAUCGCGGGUCUGUGAACAGGUGCGUGGAUUGUGGGAAGACUUUUAAGCAGAGUUCCAGCCUGUACAGACACCGGAGACUCCACACUGGGGAGAAGCCGUAUGGCUGCAUGGAGUGUGGCAAGACCUUCAGCCGGAAGUCGCAUCUUAUUACACACGAGCGGACCCACACAGGAGAAAAGCCCUACAACUGCCUGGAGUGCGGCAAAAACUUCAGCAGGAAAUCCCACCUCACCACUCACAAGAGGAUCCACACGGGAGAAAAACCCUACAAGUGUGGGGAGUGUGGGAAAUGUUUUAGUCAGAGUUCGACCCUGGUGGCCCACGAAAGGUCCCACACAGGUGAGAAGCCAUUCGCAUGCCAGGAUUGUGGGAAGAAUUUCCAUCGGCAGUCGGGUCUUUCGGCGCACGAGAGAACACAUACAGGGGAGAAGCCGUACCAGUGCACCGAAUGUGGGAAGAGUUUUAGCCAGAGUUCGGGACUUUUAGCCCACGAACGGACCCACACAGGCGAAAAGCCCUACGGGUGCACGGAGUGUGGGAAAAGCUUCUGCGAGCGCACAGCCCUUGUGAGACAUCUGAAGACUCACACUGGGGAAAAACCGUAUACUUGUGCGGUCUGUAGGAAAAGUUUCAGCCAGAGUUCGGGCCUUUUGGCGCACGAGCGCACCCACACUGGGGAGAAACCCUACAAAUGCUCGGACUGCGGGAAGAGCUUUGGGCACCACUCUGACCUUCUCAGACACCAGAGGAUCCUUAAGAGGGGGAAGCUGUACAAAUGCUGCAAAUGUGGGAAAUUUUUUGGCCGCAGCUCAGAUCUCCUCCAGCAUCAGCAGAUCCACACGGGAGAGAAGCCGUAUAAAUGCACCUGUUGUGGGAAAUGUUUCAGCUGGCGGUCGAACCUUAUUAAACACGAGAGAAUCCACACAAGAGUGAAAACUCUUCAAUGAACAGUUGGAGUCUAAAAACGCUCCUCUUCAAAUGCAAGAGGUUCUACACUAGGGGUGUCAAACUGCCGGCCCACGGGCUGGACGCAUCACACAGAAGCCGCGCCCACCCCAUUGCCGGCCAUUGCAAAACAGUCACAUGAUGUUGCGAGUUUGACAUGCCUGCUCUACGUAAACGAAGACACGGCACCAAUUAUUUUGUAGUCCUCGACGUACGGCCACAAUUGACCCCAAACUUUCGGUUGCUAAGUGAGACGGUUGUUAAGUGACUUUUGCUCCAUUUUACGACCUUUCUCACCACAGUUGUUAAGUGAAUCAUGUGCAGUUAUUAAGUCAGGAGCACGGUCGUGAAUUUGACUUCCCCAAUGACUUUACUUCUCAGAAGGUCGCACAAGGAGAUCGCGUGACCCCAGGACACUGCAACUGUCGUAAAUACGAGUCAGUUGCCAAGCGUCUGAAUUCUGAUCACGUGACCAUGGGGAGGCUGCAAUGGUCGUAAGUGUGAAGACAGGUCAUAAGUCACUGUUUUUCAGUGCCGUUGUAAUUUAGUGAACGGUCACUAAAUGAACUGUUGUAAGUCAAGGACUGCCUGUAUGCUGAUGGUGAGAAAUUAGCGAGAAUCGUAACUCACACUUACGACAGGGCAGUACAUACAGUAAAACUGUUGCAGAAAAUCUCCACAGACAGAAAGAAAAAAUAUUACAGGCAGGAGUGUGAGUGUUGCGGGAGGUGGGUGGUACCCUAAGCAGGUGCACAGGUGCCUUGGGAGGGCAGGGAUUGCUGUGGACCCAUGCAACUGGGCAAAUAAUUGGUAGGAACAGGAGCAACCUGCCACUUCUGCCAGAUUACCCAUUGAUUCUGCUUGUGGGAAAACAGCAGGGAACACUGGAAAUGGCCACCAUGUGAUAAUGGCUCACUGUGAUAUUAUAAUCGCCAACCUGAUUAUGAUUGCCAAGCCGAGGUGGCGCAGCAGUUAGAGUGCAGUACUGCAGGCCACUUUAGCUGACUGUGUUUAGCAGGUCAGCGGUUCAGAUCUCACCGGCUCAGGGUUGACUCAGCCUUCCAUCC